UCCACCACAAAUGAACCUUGGUAUUGUAUUGCAUCGCAGUAGGCUAAAUCCUAUUGUUACCACUACAGCGAUGUGCCGGUUAAGGGCCCUUUUGUCGUGUUUAUGAGCGAUCGCGCUCGCAAGUGAUCGCUUGAUUCGUGCGGAAAAGAGACGCAAAUGACUAGCCGUCCUCUUCACACGUUCGUCUAAUGCCUACGAGGGGCAGCAUCACCGUCACCGGCUUGACAAAGUAAUUUAACCUCACCAAUCAAGCGGAAGCGGAGAGGGGGGAUUCCAUGUGCUGGAAACGAUCACUUGCCUUCGUCUUCGCUGGCUGCUGUGAGUAGGAUAUCGUGUGGUGUGAUUUUUACUGCGAUUCAGAUCGUUCCGCAAGCCGGUUGUUCCGUUCUGUGGUCAACUUUGUGUUGUGUGUGAUUUCACAUUAAAAUUCAUCGUGUGUGUGAUAUCCCCCCAAACCCAUUCGUCUCGCUAAAAACCAGUCCAGUGGUCGACCCGGAACGGCAGUCUUUGCGUGACUUCGGUAGUGAAAGGUUUGAAGCGAUACACCAGCACCACCACCACCACCACCACCACCAUGGCUAGUGGAAAGAUUGCACUCGUAAGCGUGUCGGACAAGUCCGGACUGGUGGAGUUUGCCAAGGGGCUGAACGAGCUCGGCCUGAAGCUGGUGGCGAGCGGCGGCACGGCGAAAGCGAUCCGCGACCUGGGCCUGCCCGUGCGCGACGUUUCGGACGUAACGGGCGCACCGGAGAUGCUCGGUGGCCGGGUGAAGACGCUCCACCCGGCCGUACAUGCCGCCAUUCUCGCCCGGAUGACCGAAUCCGACCAGCGUGACAUCAGCCAGCAGAAGUACGAGCUGGCCCAGCUCGUCGUGUGCAAUCUGUACCCGUUCGGGUUGACCAUCUCCAAGCCGGACGUGACGAUUGCGGACGCGGUGGAAAACAUCGACAUCGGCGGGGUGACGCUGUUGCGUGCCGCGGCCAAAAACCACCAGCGCGUCACGGUGCUGUGCGAUCCGAAGGACUAUCCGAAGGUGCUGGAGGAAAUCCGGCAGCACGGCGACACAACGCCGGCCACCCGGCAGCUGCUGGCGCUGAAAGCGUUCACGCACACGGCCGAGUACGAUGCGAUCAUUUCGGACUACUUCCGCAAGCAGUACUCGGCGGGCGUGUCGCAGCUCAACCUGCGCUACGGCAUGAACCCGCACCAGAAGCCGGCCCAGAUCUUCACGCUGCUCGAACGCUUGCCGCUGAAGGUGGUGAACGCGUCGCCCGGCUUCAUCAAUCUGUGCGAUGCGCUGAACGGGUGGCAGCUGGUGCGCGAGCUGAAGCGUGCGCUUGGGCUGCCGGCCGCGACCAGCUUCAAGCACGUGUCGCCUGCCGGCGCCGCGGUCGGUGUGCCGCUGUCGCUUGAACAGGCGAAACUGUGCAUGGUGGACGAUAUGAUGGACAGCCUGACCCCGAUGGCGACGGCGUACGCGCGAGCCCGCGGUGCCGACCGCAUGUCCUCGUUCGGCGAUUUCGUCGCGCUGUCCGAUACGUGCGAUCUCGCCACCGCCAAGAUAAUUGCGCGCGAAGUGUCGGACGGUAUCAUUGCGCCCGGCUACACGGAGGAAGCGCUGGAAGUGCUGCGCAAGAAGAAGAACGGUUCGUACUGCGUGCUGCAGAUCGAUCCGACGUACGAGCCGGGACCGGUGGAGCGCAAGACGCUGUUCGGGCUGCAGCUGGAGCAGCGCCGCAACGAUGCCGACAUCAACAAGGCCCUGUUUACGAACAUCGUGACGAAGAACAAGACGCUGCCGGAGGGUGCGCUGCGCGAUCUGAUCGUCGCCACGAUUGCGCUCAAGUACACGCAGAGCAACAGCGUCUGUUACGCAAAGGACGGGCAGGUGGUGGGCAUUGGCGCGGGGCAGCAGUCGCGCAUCCACUGUACGCGGUUGGCGGGCGACAAGGCGGACAAUUGGUGGCUGCGGCAGCAUCCGCGUGUCGCUGGCAUGCAGUUCCGCAAGGGCGUUAAGCGGGCGGAAAUUUCGAACGCGAUCGACAACUACGUGAACGGUACGGUGGGCAAGGACAUGCCGGUGGCACAGUUCGAGGCGAUGCUGGAGAAGGUACCGGCGCCGCUGACCGGGGAGGAUAAGGAGCAGUGGACGCGUCAGCUGACGGGCGUUUCGCUCGGUUCGGAUGCGUUCUUCCCCUUCCGGGACAAUGUGGAUCGGGCGAAGCUGAGCGGCGUGUCGUACAUUGCCAGUCCGGCCGGGUCGACCAACGAUGCCGGGGUGAUUGAUGCCUGCAACGAGCACGACAUCGUGAUGGUGCACACGAACCUGCGACUGUUCCAUCAUUGAAAGCAACAAAAAAAAAAAAACAUUUAAUGUUAAAAACACACAAAUUGCGCCAUCGUUUUAAAACGAAAACCAAUCAAUAAAGUACAAUGAUUUCUAACUGAUAUGUAAA